CAGCCAAGCAGACGAUGAAGUACGUUAUAGAGCACAUGGAACAGGGAUUCACCGAAUGGGUGAUUCUCGAGUACUCCACCAUCAUCAAGGAGGUCGGCAAGGAGAACUUGUUGCUGACUUCUCUUCCACAGGGCACCACGGACAGUGACAUUCCAAAAGAGCUGCUUGCCUUGGGCUUACAGUGGACUUCUGACGACGUGAGCCAGGCUGGGACGGAUGCUCUCCCCAUCGUGAAGGAGCGAGUAUGCCUGUUGGACCCUUCUGCAGAGAAGGACCUGGUACCAGGUGAGUCCGAGGCCUUUGACUAUUUUGUCUUUGGAGGCAUCCUUGGAGAUCACCCUCCUAGGGACAGAACUGGUGAGCUCAGAAGAAAGUAUGGGUUCGAAGGCAGAAGGCUGGGAUCUAAGCAGAUGACCACUGAUACCGCAGUCAGGGUGACACAGCUGAUCGUGAAGGACAAGAAGCCAUUUGAAGAUAUCGACUUCAUUGACUAUCCCGAGUUCAGAUUCAACAAGAACGAGGCUACGGAGAUGCCAUUCAGAUACGUACUGGACAGCAACGGGAGACCAAUACUGCCAGAGGGGAUGCUAGACUUGAUCAAGAGAGACUCUGAGCAGUCACUUGACGACUUGUUGUAAUGGCGAUCUUAUCGUUUUUAACAGAUUUUAUGUACAGGUUCUAAUUGUAAUCAUAGUUCAAUCGGUUUCGUCUAGGAUCAAUGUUUUCAUCUUCUUCUCCUUGACGAGCUCAUGUGGUGCCAUAGCCUCUUUGAGGAUGAACGCGGCCACGUUCUCAUCUUCAAAGUAACUGACAUGAGCAGUUAGACCAGACACUAUGGAGAAAUCUAGAUAGCCCUGCUGUAGGGCAAAGUCGACUCUACCGUUGUAGUUCAAAGCUGUGAAUACCUUCAAUUGUUCAGGUGUCAUCUCCACAACCUCACCGGUGGCCUUCUUCACAGCUUCCUUGGUGACGUCCGCUUGUUGCUGUUGAUCCUUGCGUUGUCCCAUGUAGCUACUCCAUUGAGAGGACCAAGAAUCAGCAGCAGUUGCCAUGACCUUUGUUCUGAAGUUAUCUGAGAAUUGGGCCAAAGUUGACAAUUGCUUGUUGAAG